UGCUAGCUGCCGCAGUUCGGACCGCCGUCGCUAGAUGUCUCUGUCGUGCCGACUGGACUCUGCCAACUCUCCCUGGAUCCCCUGCUCAGUGGCCGGCCCAUGUUCCUCCCACUGCCAGCCGGCGGUCGGCCCGCCUGCCGCCAUGGGCGCCGGUGGAGUCUGGGCGACUGUCUCCGUCCUGGCGACACUUCUGCUGCUCAGAGUUUGCGAAGGAGUGUUCAUUGAAGACCUGCGAGUACCAGCCGUGGUGGAACAUAACGCCAACGCCACGGCCGUCCUCGACUGCGUGUACGACCUGGCCGCUCGGGAGAGUGACCUGGUCACAGUGAAGUGGUUCUUCAAAGACGAGAACCACCUGGUCUACCAGUGGGGGAAGGGGCUGGCGCCGGCCGGCUCGGGGAUCUUGCGCGGGAGGCUGGACCUGGAGCACAUCGCCUCGCGUCACGCGCUGAAGAAACACCGGGCGCUCAUUAUCCAGAACCCGACCAUCGAGCUGAGCGGCAACUACAUCUGCAAGGUGUCCACCAAGGAGAACGUCGUCACCGGCACCAAGAAAAUGAUCGUCUAUGCGCCUGCGAGGGCAAUGAAUCUGACACAGGAACGAAACAGUGAAAGCUCUAUCAACAUCUCCUGCUCAGCUGAAGGUGCCUUCCCUGUACCACGGCUGGAUAUCUAUAUGAAACAGGAGAGUCGACAAACCAGGAUUCGUCUGAAGAAGGUGAAAUCUGUCGCCAGUAUGACCGAGGAAGGAGUGUUCGACGCGACCGCUCAUGUGCACCUGCUGGACAGCGAGAUCGACCCGCGCGCCCUAUUUGAGUGUAUGAUGACAAUACCAGAUACUCAGUACUCGCUGAAAAGGGUUAUCAAGUAUCACAGAGGUGGUAAGAUGGCUGAUACAUCAGCACCACCUCUAUCAUCUCACCCAGUGCUGCUGACAGCCGGCGUUCUGCUGCUGUGGUCGUGCUCUCUGUGUGACACCUCCUGACCGCUCCUGGCGGGCUGAUUCUACCACCGAUCGAUCGCGUCGGAAGCCUCGCCAGCAGGGGGCACAACUGUAUACACAUGUACUGUGACAUCUGACCUCAACGGGCUAGGGAUAGACACGCCUGUGCUCCAGCCAGCUUCAGGUAACUUCAGGUAGCGUUAUGUCUAAAAAAUGAUAAUCCACUGUCUCCGACUGACCUCUGCUCCCGGAUUGGACUGAACAGUGAACGUCCAUUGAGGCACAACAAUUUUUUAGAUUGCCUGUAUUCAUCCUCGGGAAUCCUGGUAGGUAUUCUCUGUGAAGAAAACAAAAUAUACCUAUCACAUAUU